AUGGCCGUGUGUGCCCACUGCAAGGCUCGACACUGGGAGUGCAAAGGACGAACCGGACACUUCAGCACGUGCUGCUUGCAGGGUAAGGUGCAGCUACCUCCUCUCUCUGGCCCAAUCCCGAGUAUCAAUAGCUACUUGAAGGCUCGGAUAGCGGUCAGUUGCUCCGUCCAACGACAUUCGUCUGUAGUAGGCCCACAUGCUGAACUGUGCGACCCACCUACACAGAAGCUAAGGCAUUCUGGCGUUCCGCGAGAAUGCCCGGUCGUACAACAACGCACUGUCUUUCACUUUGCUUGCUGCUCACUUCAACCAGAUACGACUCGGCACUUUAGGACCCCCGUGUUCGCGUGUUCGGUCACCUCUAUCAUCGACUCGGUGCCCUGAUCCCCGCCGUGAAUCAACGCCCAGCCUUUGCUCAGACAUGGCUCAUCGACCCGGUCGAGGCCACCGACACUCGACUUGGACCCAACAGCCCAGACCGUCGCAUACAAAGAUCUACGUUGACCAAGCUCGAGUCCAAGUUGCGUACCAACAAUCGCUUUGUGAGGCUGUUUGCAUUGACCAAAGCUCGUGCAGGUUGGGAUACGGCCAAAUAGUGGAUCCUGCGCCUUUGCCUCCCGCCAGGCUGAGACCGACGCACCCACAACCUUCCUACGUCGAGCACGGAAAUGGCGAUACUCAUCUGCGAUUCCGACACCAACACGGGAGAUCGUGGACGUCAAGACCUUAUUCUCCAGGUGCACGGUGAUCGAUGUCCCGAGGGUCGGCCCAAAUACCAAGUUGUUAGCUCGCUCCAUCCGUCCGCAAUGCCUCUCCGUUACCCACUACUUUUUCCCAGCUUCUGGGGUGGGUUGCUACGCAUUCUGCUUGACAAGCUCGGCAUCGAGGAUACCGACGUCGAUCCGUCGACGUUCACUCCGGAGCAGCUGACUAUGGGGCUCCCCCUUUUGCGGGGUCGUGGGAGAACGACCUCGAAAUGGAUGUGGGUUCGGCUGGCCUGCGCGAUCAGCUUCCAGCGGCUGCACCUGCUCCGCUGGCGCGUUCAUCAGCGGUUCGAGCUGGACAACGUCAUGGCCCCUCCCUCGCUUCCCAGUGCGCUCAGAGCGUUCGAGCGAGAUUUUCUCUCUCGAGCGGGUUUUGUGCCUGGGGUUCGAGAUUGGGAGGUGUGAUGACCGAGUUAAGUCCUUCCUUCCCAUUUUCCUCCCCUCCUUUCCUCCCUUCCUUUUCGGUCAGAAGCUGACUGUCUUGAAACUUGUUGCGCAGUGGAAGGCUGCGCACCUCUCCCUCUCUCUACUUUGUGCAGUAGCGGUUUUCGUUCUUGGAUGGAUCGGCAAGCCGGGUCGAUCGUCGUUGCGUUGGAGGCUUUGUGAAGUUCUCCCCUCUCUUUCCCCUUUCUCCCUUCCCUUCCUCUUCUCGUUCCUGUUGCUCGGUUGUUGACUACGCUUCAGCCACUUCUCCUUUUAUUCCUAAGCCGUGUGUUGGAUUCCGUCGAAUAGAUCGUUCGUUCGCGUUGGUCAAGAUCUACGGCAUGGAUCGGGAAGAAAGGUCACUCGUUUUUUUGGUCAAUAUCCUCGCGUCAAGGCGAGGCUUGUUUCGUUGUAUUGGAUCGUUUUCGCUCCGCCCUGACGGCUCAACAGCCAGCACUCGAGACUCAGCCAAGGGAGGACAUCAGGCGCUGUCGGGGUGACGAGUAGCUGGGGCUUGGCUGUGGCCUGUCAGUCCCUGGGGACCUCUAGCUCUGGCUUCGACCCCCUCCCUUGGCCCCUCGGGUGUGUUCCCCUCCUCCUCCCCUCCUCUCUGUCUUAGUAUUCCUGGUUCUCCGUGUUUCCAGUCGUGACUUUUUGAAUAUUCUCCCCCUUUCUUUCUCUAGGCGCUCUUGCCUGGUUUUCGAGUAUCUUCGCUCUCGCUCUUGGGACGUGAAGCGGCAGCAGUACUCACCGCCCGUUGGAGUCCGCGUUAGGUGCUCGGCGAGUUUUGAUCUGCACAGCGCUCUUUGCGCGCAGGGGUUUGACUUUCACCCAAUUGCUUGCCGUCGUUGCUUUAUAACCUCUUUUAGCUCUUUUUCUAGCGGUCCCAGCCAACCCAAAGGAUUGCAAUUUAUGAGCCCCAAAAAACAAAAAACAACAACAACCCAACCAACACCAACAACACCGACAACGACACUUCCGAGGUUGUGGCCCCUAGCCGCGCCCUCGGAACCGACCAACUCGAAUCGCGGAACCGAUUUGCGGGGCUCGAGGUCGAAGGAGGACAGGAGGAGGAUGCAGGAAAGGAGGGCGAGGAAAAGGAGCAGGUCGAAGAAGGAGACGAGGAUACGGGCGCCAAGGCGGACAACGAGGAUUCGGACUCGGAUGGGAACGCCAGAGCGGGCAUCGACAAGGCGGGAGGCGACGACAAGGACGACAACGAGGACGAACAGGACGACAGCUCGGAGGGAAGCGAACAAAGGGAGGACGAAGGAAACGAUGGGGAUGACGUGAUGAAAGAUGGAGCAGAGGAGGAGGACGAAGGGACGGAGACGGAGGUGGAAGAAGAGGUCGAGCAGGAACAGGGGGUACAGGACGACAGCAUCAUGAUCAUCGACGACGACCAAACGACGAUCACCACGGUUUCCCGCGAGUCGACUCCUCGGAGUCCCUCGUGGCCUCCACUAUCUCCUGAGACGUUGGCAAAGUCGCUGCGCGAGGGUGCGGAGUGGGACCGAGCUAACGCCGAAGCUGCUGCACGUGUCCAAGCAGAAAAGGAGGCGAUCAUCAACACCCAACUCGACACGGAGGAACCGCUCGUUCGCCACCAAUUUGCAGAGUGGGGUCGGGAAGAUGGACAACUGCGAUUCAUCAACAUUUGUGGCACCGGCUCCGGGUCGAACAAGAAGAUGAAGAGGUCGCAAACGGUGGCCGAUCUCAGCGAUCCGAGCGACGACCCGGUCGAUAUCAAGCGCGUUCUGAACAGGGUCAAAGGUCGAGCAGGAAAGGAGGUAGCGGGUCAGGGGAAGAGGGUGACGAGGUCGAUGUCGGCGGUGGCGGCGAUGCAGGUCAAGGGGGCCAAGGCGAAAGCGGAGAAGGGUAAAGGGGUGGAGGAGGAGAAGCGCUGGUCCGACCACGAGCCCGAGGAUGACAUUCUCCCUGAAUUCCCACUCUUUGAGGACGACACUACCGCCAAGAGCACGUCUACAUCGUCUACCCAAUAAUGAUCAAGCACACCAUCACCAGCUGGAACGUGAGGAGGUGCAUGGGGAUCCCGGAAAAGCGACGCAACAUUUACACCUAUUUAUCAACAUUCAAAGCAUCCGCCAUUCUACUACAAGAACACUUCAUCAAACCGGAACUCUGGCAAUGUAUCAAGGACGAGUACGAGGGCAAGGUCUUCAUCAGCAAACACUGUCUGACUCUGAUUCCCGCCGACUCGCCCCUGAUCGACACCGAGAUUUUGCGCACCCACUCGGCACUCGACGGACGAAUCCUGGUCACCUCCUUUCGACUUCGAGGCGACAUCCGGAUACUCGAGAUCAACAACAUUUACGCACCAGUCGAUACAAAACAACGACUCACAUUCUUUGACAAACUACAUUUCCACAGGACGCAGAGCACCCACCUUCGACUCCUCGGCGGCGAUCUCAACGACUGCCCGCUGCCGGCAAUCGAUCGGCGGAACCAAGGUCGGCACGGCCAUCACUGGCCGAUCCUGAUCGGCAAGCUCGACUCGCCCUACACCGACUGCAUACGAUUCAAACACCCGCUCACACCAUCUUUCACUCGACCCAACAUCGUCCGCAAGCGACCAAAGUCCUUUUCACGACUUGACUACUUCCUUCUGCAGCGCACCCACCAAAAGCGACUCGUCCAAGCCUCGACGAUCUACGACCACCCCAAGGACCUUUCGGAUCACCGACCGGUCUCGAUCGUCCUAGUUCUCUCGGAUGAGCGAGGAGACGCGGCUCAACCCAACAACAGUUUACCAACGACAUCAAACCAAUUACAUCGUAUCAACGCGGAGACCUUCAAGACGGCGGAGUUCCAGGGGAUGUUGGAAGGAUGGUUGGAAGGAGCGAGUGGGGAGGAACCGGUGGGGGAGCUCGAGGUGGUGCUGGGGAACUGCGCAAAGGAGGGUCGGGAGCUGGCGAGGAGGGAGCAUCGGGAGCGGGUGGAGCGGAUGGCGGUCUUGGUGGGAAGGGUGCAGGAUCUGGAGGUGUUGCCGGUGAUGGGGGACGAGGAGACGGCCAAAUGGACGCGGACGAUGGAGGAACUUAGGCGAGCGGUCAACUUGCGCGCGCGCCAACUUCGGAUCCGAGCCCACGUACCCGAAAUCACUACCGAGGAACUGUAG